UGAGAUAAAGAUUCUAUAUUAGCAGUUUGUGGAUCAGGGUCCAUGGCCCUCACCAUAGACCCUGCUCCUAAUUUCAUUUCGCGAACCCAACGGAAACCUCCCACCUUCCAUCCCUCUGUGGCCGGCGACUGUGUUUGCAGCGACAGGAGUGAUUCACUGAGCGAGUUCAAGGGUGAGAAAUGGGUCGAAAACAAGGUGGAUUGUAUAUAAAUCCAAAGAAGUUUGGAACUCUUAGGAAACCUUGCAUGAAGGAGAUGGUAACAUUCCUGAAUUGUUUGGCGCUGAACCAGAACAAUGAUGGUAAAUGUGUUCGGCAGAAGGAACUUCUGAGUGCAUGCAUGGAUGCUCAGACUGGGAAAAGCAGGAAACCUUGGGGAAGCAUCAAUUAUCACCUUCAGAGGCUUAGCAGAGGAAGGAAAUAGUUGGUUUUCUGUCCCAAGCCAUACUCAUUAGCGUUUGGAUCUUCAGUUUGACUUCUGAGGAAAGGUUUUUUGUGUUUGUAAGCAUCAGAUUGUUUUGGAGAAAAGGUUAUGAAAUAGUUGGUUGAGACUGACCACAUUUUUCUUGCUGUAAUGAGCAACAUGAAAAGCCGUGAAGUCCUCUGAUUGUCCCCCUUUUGACCGUUUAAUUUUUAUUCUAUUGAGAUUGUUGUACUGCAGUUAAAGAUUCCAGCCCUUGUAAGAUUUGGGGCCAAACUUCUCCAUCAUUGCCUAAAAAUUGCUUGAUUUUGUC